AUGCUGGCGGCUGGUCUCUUCGGUUUCCCAGCUCUUCCUGUCCCCAAGAUGCCCCCUUUGAAUGUGGAAAAGCCGGAGGACUCCAAGUUCGAUGCUGUCCCUCGGGGCUGUCGUGUGCGGGCAACGGCAGCUACGAUGGGAACUACUGCUGCCCAGGUUCACUCCACCGACUGCUCGUCCUCGGCAUAUACUCACCCCAAGUGCCCUGAUCCAUCAUGGAGUAUGUGGGUAGCAAAUGAUACUGUCAAUGAUAAGCCAGAUACUGGCGCAUGGUGUUGCAAGCCAGACUACAAGGGCGUGUAUCGGGACAACGGCACCGCCAACUACUUCUGCACGGCGACAUCUAUCUCCACCCUUCAGCUUAGCUACUACUGGGCGCAUAUUCUCACUACUACCACUUCGUGCUCUUUGACUGCAACGCCGGCUGGUCUGUCAACAGCUACGUCUACACUUUUGGCCUCAGUUACACCCAACGCAACAUCUGUCGGGACCGGGACAGGCACAGCAUCCAGCACAGGCACCCGGUCUGAGUCGACUGGCACAACAUCUCCGGCCAGCGAAGAGCAGACCGGAAUCCCAGUUGGAGUCAAAGUUGGAGCAGCAGUCGGAUGCGUGGCGGGUGCCGCACUGAUUGUCGCGGGGAUCCUCUUCAUUAGAAAAAGGAAGCAAAAGACGAUAGAGGGAAUUACGCUGACUGGGGACACGGAAGAGGGACGUGGCAAGCCCGAGGCCAAAUACUUUCAUAAGGGUACCCGCCGCCCUAGUGAGCUGGAGACAGUCGAGCGAACUGUCGAGCUUGAUGGCGCUAGACCCAGGUAUGAGCUUGACGCGACGAGGAAAGAAGAUCAAUAUGACGUUGUGUCUCCGAUGAGCAUAUGA